AAAUUACUUGUUCGUCCCUUUAGAUUCUUGCGCUAUAUAUAGAAGCCUUUGAAGAGCGUUCGCCAAACUAGAAAAUGAAGUCUAUUUUCUUUCUGGUGUGCCAAGUUUGUGUUUACACAAGCAAUUGCUGUGGUAGUGUGAUCCCUAUAAACUUAAUAAGCGGAGGCGUGCCAGCUCAAGCCAAUGAGUUCCCCUGGUACGUGUAUAUCCUAUCAACUGGAAACCAGAGGGCAUCAACGUGCGGAGGGUCGAUAUUGUCUGAGACCUGGAUCCUUACAGCAGCGCACUGCAUUGUUGGGUUAAACGAAAGUGUUGAUUUAUAUUUUGGUUCAACGAAUGUCUACACCUUCCCCGUCAUCAUUUCCGCUAACCAUAGCGUCGCACAUGAAGGGUAUAAUCCUAUAAACAAAAACAACGACAUAGCUGUGGUGCAGCUGGAAUCGGCCCUAAAUUUCACACCUGGUAUUCAGCCUAUAACUCUUAUACCGCUGAGUGACAUUAACAAUGAUUUGGUUGAUAAAGUAGCAACUGUUAUGGGAUUUGGAUAUACAUCAGAUGUAAAUCCGCAAGAAUCAACGGAUCUACUUUAUACGAGAGUUUCGAUCAUAUCUAACGACGUCUGUAAAGAAUAUUACGAAACCGACAUUGUUGCGGAUAGUGUCAUAUGUGCUAAGGGAUAUACUUCAAAAAAUGACAGCAUAUGUCACGCAGAUUCAGGUGGUCCAAUGGUCAUUAAAAAUGAUGCCGAUCAAUAUAUUCAAGUGGGGAUAGAUGCAUUUGUAUCUACUAAAGGAUGUACAGUUGGGUAUCCAUCAGGAUAUGUUCGAGUUGGCUCCUUUUUAGAAUGGAUCAGUAACCAAACUGGUAUUCCGAUUACUGGCUAGUUAUAUUUUAUAGUUUGAAAUAAAAUGGAAGCUGUUUGGCAAUAUAUGAUUGAAAAGUU